AUGAAGUUAGUAACAAUAAUCCUUUUUACAAUAUUUUACAAUAUAGUAUGUGGUGCACCCAUAAUUCCAUUAAAUCCAAGAAGUUUGCCUAUCAAACCAAGUGAAGAUCCUUUUUAUUCAGCCCCUGACGGUUUCGAAUCAAAAUCCCCUGGUGAUGUCUUGAGACACCGUCAAAUGAACAAUCUGUUUGGAGUUCUUGUUAUUCCUGAAAAAAUUAAGUCGAUUCACCAAUUUUUAAUCCGUUCAGAAGAUAGUUUUGGAGAUCCUAUAGCUGCUGUGACGACUGUUUUUGAACCUUAUAAUGCUGAUGCAAACAAAUUGUUGUCUUAUCAAGCUGCAGAAGAUGCUGCUAAUAUUGACUGUUCACCAUCGUAUGCUAUGCAGUUAGGGGCGGAUGCUGACACUAUAUUAACAAGUCAAAUUGAACAACUUUUGGCUCAAGCCGGACUAAAUGAAGGAUGGUAUGUUGUUAUUCCGGACCACCAGGGUCCUAAAUCUACCUUCGUGGUAGGCGAAUCAGCAGGUCAUAUUGUUCUCGAUUCAAUUCGUGCCACUCUUGGGUCUGGUAAUAUUACAGGUAUUAACGAAGAUGCUAAAGUUGUUCUUUGGGGUUACUCAGGUGGUUCAUUUGCUUCUGGAUGGGCCGCCCAAAUGCACCCAACAUAUGCAAGUGAACUCGACAUUGUUGGUGCUGCUUACGGUGGAAUUGUUGCUAACAUCUCCCAAGUUGCAGAGAAGAACUUCGGUGGUGCAUUUACUGGUUUCGUUAUGGCAGCAAUAAAUGGGUUAGCAAAUGAGUACCCAGAGUUGGAUAAUCUUAUAAACGAAAUAGGAUACAAAGACAAACUUGAUAAAUUUAGGAAGGCGAAACAAAUGUGUCUCAUUGAAGAACUUCCAUACUAUGCAUUUGAUCAGGUAAGUGAAUAUGUUGAUGGUGAUAAACAAUACUUAUUGACUUUACCCAUUGUGAAGAAUAUUACAGAAAUAAAUACUAUGAUCGGAAGUAAGUAUCUUCCCACAAUUCCAUUAUAUUUUUAUCAAGGUAAAGGGGACGAAAUUAUUCCUGCAUCAGGCACUGAUGAACUCUAUGAAGACUUUUGUGAAAGGGGUGCUGAUAUUGAAUAUCAUGAAGACCUUUUGAGUGAGCAUCUUAUUCAAGCUGUUGCUGGUGCUGGGGGUGCCUUCAAUUGGAUGAAAGACAGGCUUAAUGGUAAGUCAUCCAACCAAGGUUGUAAAAAAAUAAGCACAGCUUCCAAUGCCAUUACCCAUGAAGGAUUAUCGGGCCUUGGUGAAGUAUUUGCUGGCGCUAUAUUGACUUUAUUACAAAAGCCUGUAGGUCCAUAUGAAGAUGUAUUGUGA